CGCUCGACGCGGCGGCGCGGCCCCGGUUGCCGCCAUGCAGGGCCCCGGCGGCGGCCGGCGCGGCCCCACGCUCAGGCAACCCUCGAGAGCAAGUUUUUGCAGUUACAGACAGGGGAGCAUCACAAGCAGCAUCUACAGGCACAGAGCAGGGAGCUGCAGAAGCCAAUCCACCACAUCCGAGAGCAGAACUGCAGACAAGUUUUUGAUGAAGGAAAGGAUGUGACACCCCAUCCACUCUUCCAAUCAGACCCAAGAACUGCUGCACUCAGGCGAGACAAGCUCUCUGCAGCCACAGGAUCCCUUUUGCUUGCUCUUUUUCCCACGCAGCAGCCAUCAGGAACUAGUUUAGCCUCUUUCUCAUGGACACAUGGAAGCAGCACCACUUCCAUAUCAAACGCCUCAAUGACUGAGUCUGUACUGGAUGAAACGGCGGAGCCUGGCUCUCGAGGGGACACAACUCUUAGUUUCCCUGAUGUGCAGGUGAGGCAAGAGGAGAUAAAAGAAGAACUGACAGAAGCAGACUUAGAUAGGAGAGUGGAUAUUUACCUCACAGAGACAGAAACUAUCUGGAUACUGAAUCUGCCAGCUGUUGUGAUGUCUACAGAGUCAGAAGAUGCUGACAGAGUUCUGCAGCGGAACAAGGUUUACACUGACAUGUGCAACAGGAAGGCUGAUGACGACCGCUUUGUGGCAAAAUCAAUGCAAACCAUCAACGGAGCCACCAAGAACAAGGAGGUGCAAUGUGACAGAAUCAUCAUGGAAGACAAAGGGGAGAUGGUCACUUCCUGGGACUUUUACGAUACAUUUAACGCAUCGGAAAUAGAACCAAUGUUCAAAACAGAAGGCAGCACAGACAACAAAACAGAGAAGGCAACUGAGACAAGCAGCAAACCUCACACCACUAAAGAGCAGGAUCAGACUACCCCUGUCUCUUCUAACAAAGGCAGCACAACUUCUGUGACUUCGGAAAGUGCUGUUGUUGCCAAAAACCAAGAGGAGGAGGAGAAGUGCCAGUCAGAAGCUCUCCCAAUACCAGAAAACCUUCAGGAGGGUUUAUUUUUCAUGGAGAGGAUUCUAAUGGAGAAUAUUUUCCAACCCAAACUUGCAGCUUAUCGGCAAUUUCCCAUCCUUCUAGAUCCUGAUGUUACCCCAGACAGUAGUGGUACGGAGGGAGAUAAAAAAGAAGCUGAACAAGACAAGCUUGACAGGCAAGAGGAUGAGCAGAAGGAAGCAUUCACUGACCCACCAAUUCUGUCAGCUCUAAAAGAAGAAACUGCACCAAUUCCCACACUGGAACGGCUGUGGUCUUACACGUGUGGCUUAACUAAUGGUCACAGCGUGAGCAGUAUGGCCUGGAGCAAAGUAAACCCAGAUCUUUUAGCUGUUGGUUAUGGAGCAUUUGAUUUUAAAGGCCAGAAGAAAGGCUUGGCCUGCUGCUGGUCACUGAAGAACCCCAUGUGGCCAGAGCGUGUUUUCCAGUGUGAGUAUGGUGUUACUGCUCUGGAUUUUUCCAUGGCAAGCCCGAAUCUCUUGGCAGUUGGAAUGUACAAUGGAUCUGUCGCAAUCUAUGAUGUACAGAACUGGAACGACACCGUGCUCUUGGACAGCAGUGAAUCCCCAAAUAAACAUACAGGUCCUGUGUGGCAACUGAGGUGGGUAGAACAGGACAGAGGUGAGGCAGGAGGUGGCAAAAGAGAGAGACUGCUCUGUAUCUCAGCAGACGGACGAAUAACCGAGUGGUACAUACAGAAAAGACUCGACUGCACUGAUCUGAUGAAAAUAAAGCGAAAAGAAAGUGAGAAGAAAAGAUUACCAGGUAAGAAAGAGAGGAAAAGCAAAGCGCUGAUAUCUCGACAGGCAGCUGGGAUGUGCUUUGACUUCCAUCCAAAGGAUACAAACUUUUAUCUUGCUGGAACAGAAGAGGGCUGCAUCCACCAAUGCUCUUGUUCAAGCAAUGGGCAGUUUCUAAAGACAUACAGAGGCCAUAAGGGUCCUGUGUACAAAGUCGCCUGGAACCCUCUCAGCACUGACAUGUUCCUCAGCUGCUCUGCAGACUGGAGCAUUAUCCUGUGGCACCAGGAUUCACAGACACCCGUUUUAACCUUCAGUUCUGCCAGUGCUUUUGUUCAUGAUGUUAUGUGGUCUCCAAAAUCAGCCUUCAUGUUUGCAGCAGUGAAUGAAAGCAGAGUAGAAAUUUGGGAUCUUAGGGUCAGCAUCUUGGAGCCCGUGCUGUCUCGCUUUGCCAACCCAACAGUCAAAUUCACAUCUGUCCUCUUUGCUAAGAACACCGACUGCCUUCUCGUAGGAGACAGUCAAGGAGAAGUCGGUGUGUUUUUGUUGCAGAACCUGGCUGCUCCCAACAGUAGUAAGGUUUAAGGCUUUACCUUAUAGGAUAUAAUUGGUCCUGCUGCAGGUGUUUAACAGUAGCUAAACAAUACCCCUUCUUGGCUGGCAGACAGUGAGAAAGACCUAUUGUAGUUUUAACAGAAACAGUUUAUUCUUUUUCAAUUAUUAAAAUUUUGCCAUGAAACCAUA